AUGGCACGAAAGCUCGAGAUGUGGCAGCUCAGCUACAUCAUUUUCCCCGCGUUUGUCUUACUCCACCUCUACACAGCACCUUACACGAAGGUCGAGGAGUCGUUCAACAUGCAAGCGACGCAUGAUAUUUUGACGUACGGCGUGCCGACGGAACAUGUCUAUCUUCGCCUCAAAGCUCAGUACGACCAUAUGACAUUUGCGGGUGCUGUACCGCGGACAUUUGUUGGUUCUCUUGUGCUCGCUGCUUUCGCGAGACCCUUCGUCUGGUAUGGUGCUUUGAAUGGCGAGCAGCAACAAUUCUUGGUGCGUGCUCUUUUGGGACUAUUUAAUGCCGCCGCCCUCGUCAGUUACGCGGCAGGUGUGCGACGAGCUUACGGCAGAGUGGCGGCAGAGUGGUACAUGUGGCUGCAGGCCAGCCAGUUCCAUAUUCUCUUCUACUCGUCUCGUACGCUUCCAAACAUGUUUGCCUUUGGAAUAAGCACAAUUGCUCUUCGAUUCUUCCUACCAGACCCGGCGUCCUCUACAGCCAAAAUCAAGCGCACAAGAUUAGCCUUGUACCUGCUGACGUUGCCGACUGUGAUAUUCCGGUCUGAGCUCGCCUUGCUUCUCGGAGCACAGUGCAUUUACAUACUACUCAAAUCCGGUAGCGUCGCGAAUGCAGCCGCUCUCGUGCGGACGACCUUAGUGCCUGCCAUCCUCGCUGCUACCGUUGUUGGCCUCGUGCUAACGGUGAGCAUCGACACGUUUUUCUGGCAAUCCCGCACGCUCCAGUGGCCCGAAAUGGCGGGUUUUCUCUCCAACGUCUUCCCGACCAAGGGCAACUUGGGAGCCUCAGCAUGGGGUACCUCACCGUGGCAUUGGUACUUCACCUCAGCGAUUCCACGAAUGCUCAUCAACCCUCUCCUCCUGCUCUUAAUCCCUUGGGGUCUCACGGCCACCGCGCUCGCUCCGUCACUAUUCGACCUCCUGAUCCCACCGUUGGCCUACACAGCUGUGUACUCGCUGCUCCCACACAAGGAAACACGCUUCCUCUUCCCGAUCAUUCCACCACUCACCGCAUCCCUAGCCCUGAUCGCCAGCUACACGACCAUCCGCAUGGGCCGAUCGAUCAUCUACAAGCUCAUGACCUUCAGCCUCCUGACCACCACGCUGAUCAGCACCUACAUCUCACACGGACUACUCCUCCCACUCUCUGCACAGACGUACCCUGGCGGGACAGCGCUAUCCUCACUCCACGCGCUGAGCCUGAACUACCGACCACAGCCACAGAUCAGGGUGCACGUGACGAACCUCGCACUGCAGACGGGCGUGACGCAUUUUCUCGACAUCCCGUCAUCAGUCCUGCACGACCGCCCGCUCUUUGUCCUGCCCGGAUCGGCCGAUGGGCGCAAGCCGACGAUCGCGCCUAAAGCACGCAGCAAGUGGAUCUACGACAAGUCUGACAACGAGACCGAGUUCCUAAUGCCUGCCUUCUGGGCCCAUUUCGACUAUGUCAUCGUGGAGGACCCCUCCUGCGUCAUCGGCGCAUGGGAUGUCGUCGAUAAAGUAUUUGGGCUGGGCAAGCCGAGCGUGCUCGCUCCGGAUGUUGGAAGAGGACUACUGGUCCUCGGUCCCAAGGAGAAGAGGAGAGAAGAUGAUGGGUUGAGUCGUCUGCUGGCCAGUAUGUAUGGGCAUGCUGGGAAGUGGGUGUAUGGGGUCUUGCAUGAUAUCCUGAGGGAAGGGUAUGGGAUUGAUCGGAUUCUGGGCUCGACGGGGAGAGAUUGGAGCUUGACCAGAGGCUGGUGGCUGCAUUGGGCCUUGGAGCCGAAGCUGUUCAUUCUCAAAAGGCCUGAGGGUGGCAUCCGGCCUUCGUAG